UCCGGGGCUCACGGACAAGGGCCCCCCGCCGCGACGUCCUCGGCAGGAACCCGCCCGCGAGGUCCUCCUGGCGACCACGCGCGCUGCGAGGGCAUCAGAGGGACAAAGCUUCCCGCCCGCGGGGUCUCGGCGGAGGAAGAGGCCGCGCCUGUGCUCCGUGAUGUCGCCCGUACGUUCUCCGCAGAGACGGCUUCCUUCCUGUGACGUCACGCGGAGCCCCUGCUCAGCCUAUGACGUCAUCCCAGCGCCGAGGCCCCGUGGCGGCGGCGUCGCAGGGAAAGCUUUUCUCCCGUGUCUUCACAGCGGAGAGGCCGCCUCUGUCCCAUGAGGGCAUCGCUACGGACAAAGCCAUCUUCCUGGACGCGGGCACCUGCUCGCUGGCUGCGUUUUCCCUAGAGACGAGGGUUCUCGCCACGCCGCCAUGGCCAGAGAAGCUGCCGGUGUCAUCACCACCUGGAGCCCACCUGGCCUGUGAUGAUCCCUUCCAGAACCCACUGCCACCCACUGGGCUGAGAGGUUACCACUUCCCAUAGCCCCAUAGCUAUGUCAUCAUCUCCCAAGAUCCAUGACAGUCACAGAGUCAUCACCUCCCAGGACCCACUUCAACCAUGGUGUCUUGACCUCCCAGGAUCCAUAACACCCAAUAGUGUCAUCGUCACCUACAAGGAUCCACAAGAGUCAUGGUGCCAUCACCUCCCGAGGCCCACUUGAACCAUGUGUCUCCUGUCCCAGGAUCCAUCAUGGUUGUGGUGUCAUCACAUCCCAAAUCCCACUUCACCCAUGGUCCUUCACGUCCCAGGAUCCAUGAGAACCAAUGGUGUCUUCAACACUCAGGACCCAUGUCAACCAUGUCCCAUCACCUCCCAAGACCCACCUCAGUCAUGGUGUCAUCCCCUCCCAUGGUCCAUGAGAGCCAGCAAUGGUGUCUUCAUCUGGAGUCCACUAACCAUGCGGUCACCCUCCCAGGAUCCAUGACCACUGAGCGUGUUAUCCUUUCCCAGAGUCCCCUAACCAUGCGGUCACCCUCCCAGGAUCCAUGACCACCGAGCGUGUUAUCCUUCCCCAGAGUCCACUAACCAUGCGGUCACCCUCCCAGGAUCCAUGACCACUGAGCGUGUUAUCCUUUCCCAGAGUCCCCUAACCAUGCGGUCACCCUCCCAGGAUCCAUGACCACCGAGCGUGUUAUCCUUCCCAGAGUCCACUAACCAUGCGGUCACCCUCCCAGGAUCCAUGACCACCGAGCGUGUUAUCCUUCCCCAGAGUCCACUAACCAUGCAGUCACCCUCCCAGGAUCCAUGACCACCGAGCGUGUUAUCCUUCCCCAGAGUCCAUUUCAACCACGGUGUCACCCCUCCCAGGAGGAUUCCAGGACUCGUAGGGGCCAUGAUGGGCUGUCCUUGGGGGCCCCCAUGGCACUCACCGUUGUUGCCUGGGGGACCAGCACGACGUGCCAUUUCCCAUUCCCUCGGGUGGACGCAGUGAGGUCAGCUGUCCCCGUCUGAUGCCGUCACUGUCUCACUCCUCACAGACUCAGCCUUGGCCACCCCCCUUCAGCCCUGGUGAGGGCCUCCAGCCCUUGGGUGACACCACUGCCUCUUGCCCAGCCAUCUGACCGGUGACAGGGCUACCUGGUGGCCUCACGUCAUGGCUUCCUGGCCUUGGAUGACCACUGCCCUUGCCCAGUUCCCGUCUCCUGGACCCCCCGCCAGCUGGCUCUCCUCAGAGCCCCCAGGCCCUGUGCAUGGCCCAAGAGCUGCUGACGGCCUGGCCUCCCAUGCAGCCUUCUGCCGGCGGGUCCUGGGGCAGGUGCCUGGAGAGCGAGGGUCCCUGCCGGCCAUCCGCGGGGCUGGGUGCUCCUCCAUCUCUCUUCCUAACACGUGGGGAGCCCCAGGGGCACCAGGGGUCCCCGACACCAAUGCACAACCCGCCCCAGCUCUCUCUGUACAUAGCCAUGUUGUGGGGCGGCCAUUUCCCACUCUUAAAGGGCUACAUGUCCUCCCCCAGCCCCCUGGGCAAGGUGGGGGGCUCUUCUCCCUCUCCUGGGCCGUCCCCCUCCCUCUUAUGUCUCCCCUAAACAUGAGCGCCUCCGCUCAUCCCUCUGGUCAGGGACCGGGGCAGGUAAUGGAGUGUGGUCCCCCCACCUGCCCAGGGCCGGCUGCGCUCAGGCGGACUGUGACUUCCCAGAGAGGAGCCCGCUCGAGCACAGGGCCCCCGCUGCCCUCCCCACCCGACACCCAGCUUUCCCAGUCCCCCAGACUUGGGAGUUUGGGGCUUCCCAGCGUUGGUGCGUCCCUCAACUGGCUUUCUCCAGCCUGGACGCCAGGACUCUCCCAGCCCCCACUCGCCCUCACUCGCACAGGCUGCCUGACCCGGGCCCUGACCUCUUACCGGAUAAGCCAUAGAGGGGAGAGGUCUCCAGGGUGGGACCCGGCUCGCCCUGCCAGUGGCCCCUCGAUGCUUCCGAAGCUGGGACCUUGCCACCUGAGUCUUCCCUGGCCCCAACAGCCACACAGACAGGAGUGUGCACACGCGCGUGCACGGCACAGACACGCCCUUCUGGGGACCUGGACAGGGUCCCUAAGGAGAAGAGCAGUUCUGGACCAGAAGACUGCCCGCAGCGGCCGCCCCCUCCCCCAGCCCUGGUGAGACCAGCUGAGGAGAUGCCACUUGGUAUUUUUUUAAAUAAACCACAUU